AUGUGUCACCCACGCUUCUUCAAUCAGCUGUCAUCAGGGCUGGAUGUCAUCGGUCUGGCCGGGGAAUGGCUGACGUCUACCGCCAACACAAACAUGUUUACUUAUGAAGUGUCCCCAGUGUUCAUUCUGAUGGAGGAGAUUCUACUGAAGAAGAUGCAGGAGAUUGUGGGUUGGUCAGAGGAAGAGGGGGAUGGAGUGUUCUGUCCAGGUGGGACCAUGUCCAAUCUGUACAGUGUACUACUGGCCAGAUACCACUUCUUCCCUGAAGUGAAGACCAAAGGGAUGACUGCUCUGCCCAGGCUAAUCCUCUUCACAUCAGCACAUAGUCAUUAUUCAGUCAAGAAAUCUGCAGCAGUCCUUGGGAUAGGAAGUGAAAAUGUUGUGGUGGUGAAAUGUAAUGACCGGGGGAAAAUGAUCCCUGCAGAAUUGGAGUCAAGUAUCAUUACUGCCAAAGAUCAGGGUUGUGUCCCAUUCUACGUCAAUGCCACAGCAGGCACCACUGUGUACGGAGCCUUUGAUCCUCUCAAUGCCAUCGCAGACAUCUGUGAGAGCCAUGGACUCUGGCUGCAUGUUGAUGCAGCCUGGGGCGGAGGACUGUUGAUGUCCAAGCGGCACCGUGUGAAACUACAAGGGAUUGAACGAGCCUGGUCUGUGACUUGGAACCCUCAUAAAAUGAUGGGUGCUCCGCUGCAAUGCUCAGCCAUACUGGUGAAGAAAAGGGGCCUCUUGAAAGACUGCAAUCAGAUGUGUGCUGAAUACCUUUUCCAAACUGACAAGCACUACGACACCUCUUAUGACACCGGAGACAAGACCAUUCAGUGUGGCAGGCAUGUUGAUGUCUUCAAGCUCUGGCUCAUGUGGAAGGCCAAGGGUUCAGAAGGCUUUGAGUCACAGGUCAAUAAAUGUUUGGAAAAUGCUGAGCACUUGUUUGACAAACUCAAACAAAGACCAGACUUUGAACUUGUCUUCAAAAGCGAACCUGAACACAGCAACGUGUGCUUCUGGUACAUCCCACCAAGUCUAAGGAACAUGUCACCAGGUCCUGAGAGGAACAGGAGACUCCAUAAGGUGGCACCAAAGAUCAAAGCCAAGAUGAUGGAGCAGGGGAUGGCCAUGAUUGGUUAUCAGCCACUCGGAGACAAAGUUAACUUCUUCCGAUGUGUCUUCUCCAACCCGGCCACACAGACAGAGGAUGUGGACUACCUCUUGGAGGAGAUCGCUUCUCUUGGACAUGACAUCUGCAUCAGGACUGAAACCGAUUUGUGAAUCAGAUUUGAGACCACUUUAUGAAUCAGAUUGUGGCUCAGAUUAACUGUAAAUCAUGCAUUUAGAGGGAAAUGGGUAAAAACAAUCAGAAAACUAAAUAUAUCUCUAAAUGUUUUGUUGUGUAAUUACAGUCCUUCUUACGUAAAAAUAUAUACAAAUAUGAUUUUUGUAUUCCAGAGUAUCAGGGAAUUGUUAUAAUAAUAAUGUAGCCAGUUCAUUUCUACAUUCAUUUUAUUUGUGUACAACAAUAUUGUAGCCUAUACAGUGCAUUCGGAAAGUAUUCAGACCCCUUGACUUUUUUCACAUUUUGUUACGUUACAACCUUGUUCUAAAACUGAUUAAAUAAUUGUUUUCCACAUCAAUCUAUACACAAUAUCCCACAAUGACAAAGGAAAAUCUGUUUGUUAGAAAUGUUUGUAAAUUUAUAAGAAUAUACAAACAGAAAUAUCUUCUUUACAUAAGUAUUCAGACCUUUCGCUAUGAGAGUCGAAACUGAGCUCAGGUGAAUACUGUUUUCA